AUGCUGAAAGAAGGAAAAAUCGUCAACAACCGCCAAAGAAACCGCGCAUUUGCGCAAGGUGCAAGUGGAGACGCAGCUGUACCUGAAGCGCUCCGUAACAUAUACCUAUUGUCGGAGCCACUCGCGAGCCUUUCAGCCGUGGCGAAAUACGAAGCCGACCUCGAUCAAGCCAUCGGGGCAUGUACGAAGGAGAAUGAUAAGAAGGAUCCGGAUCAUCCAUUAGCUUGUGGGAUAUUUGAUCUCACGAAGAGAAAGAAGGAUAUGAUGGAACAGAGGCUUUCAUCAAAUAUGGAUCACCAGAUAGCUCGUUGGUAUGGUGACAGGCAUGUUAAUAUUAAUAGGCUCUUAAUUUUACAAAUUGUGCCUGGACAUUACGAUGUAAAUACAGAAAUAGUCAGAAUAAUGCAGGCUGUAAUUGACUAUUAG